CGUGCUACCGAGUAUAUUCCCACGCCCGCGCUUUUGCGUCUUCAGCAAUUAACUUUGUUGGACACACCCUCUCGGUCGUCGUGCAAUCUACCUCAUCAUGUCUAACAACUUCGCUGCUCUGCCGUCGCGCCAAGUGACGUUCUCCAGACCAGCAAAUGUCGCACAGCAGCCCUACCAGCAGAUUCAGCAGCAGCAAGCUGCGAACUCUGGCCUUGCGUUGCCAUACUCGUCGAACCCCUACCUACCAGGACCCUCUAGUCAGAACAGCCUGGCACUUCCAAACGCUGCGCCCACCGUAUCUCCGUACCAAACACAACAGCAGCAACCGUCGUCUUCAUACCCACAGAGUCAGACACAGGCCCAAUCCCAGCCUCAGUCGAGCUCGUCAUCUCAGACGGCAGUCGCUACCCAGCCAGCCCCUCUCGCUGGUCCUUCGACGCCGGGCCCACAGCAUAUCACCGCGGUCGAAGGCAUCGUCCCGACAUUGCAGAACAUCGUCGCGACGGUCAACCUGGACUGCCGGUUGGAUCUGAAGACGAUUGCACUGCACGCGCGCAAUGCAGAGUACAACCCCAAGCGUUUCGCGGCGGUCAUCAUGCGUAUUCGUGACCCGAAGACGACCGCGCUCAUCUUCGCGUCCGGCAAGAUGGUCGUCACCGGAGCAAAGAGCGAGGACGACUCGCGGCUCGCGUCGCGCAAGUACGCGCGGAUCGUCCAGAAGCUUGGCUUCGACGCCAAGUUCUCAGAGUUCAAGAUCCAGAACAUCGUCGGUAGCUGUGACGUGAACCACGGACAGUUCAGCAGCUAUGAGCCAGAAGUGAUUGUUCCCGGUCUCAUCUAUCGUAUGAUCAAGCCCAAGGUGGUCUUGCUCAUAUUCGUCUCGGGCAAGAUCGUCCUCACGGGUGCAAAGGUAAUCUUGACUUGCUCAUGGACAUGACUCCGUCGUAUACAGAGCUGCGCUGACCAAUCUCGUUCGUCGGCCUACUCAGGUCCGAGAAGAGAUUACACCGCAUUCAACACGAUAUAUACCGUGUUGUGCGAGUUCCGGAAACCAUAAGCUUCCCUCGCACAAGACCAUCCCGCACUGCCGCGUCCGGCUCCGACCGCGCUACUUGCAUCCAUUGGUGGAGCGGUGGGAGAGGGAUAUUGGCAUCCGGUUCUUCGGGGGCGGAUGGCUAGAGACCGACAAAAUUAUGGACCUUCUACUCUAUGAAGCCGACAUUCUUCGCCCACUCCCUUACAUGCCAUAGUAUAAAUCCGAUAGUAGGUAGCGCAUAUAUGUUUAUUUUGUCUCGUAGGUUCUGUAGCAUUGUAUCAAUUACACGCAAGCAUUGAUUCGGGUUAUGUGUUUUA